AUGGUGAAAGGUAAUUUAACAGACCUAUUGGCCCAAUUGAACGUACAAUCCACCCAUAAUGAACAUUCUCAAGUGGAAAGCACAUGUCUGCAAUUACUAGCUAGCAGUUGCUCAGAUCCGGUCACUAUUAUGAGACAUUGCUUAGUUGCAAUGAUAAAGCAAGAUAAAUAUGCAACUGCUUUGAAAACUUUGAAGCAAUACAAACAUAUUGACGACAAAUAUGGCAAAGAAUUCUCAUUAGAAAAACUAUACAUCUUUUAUAAAUUGAAUAUGGUGAAAGAUUUCGAAAAAUUGGCUGAAACAUCAAUUCCUCAAAAUAUUGAGAAAUUCUCCAAAAUUUCAAGAGGCAGAGCUAUAUUACAUGUCAAGGCUCAAUUCUGUUACAAGAAUGGUCAAUAUGACGAAUCAUUCAAAUUAUACCAAUUAUUGGCUGGCGAUAAUUCAUCUAUGUUGGACAAUGCAAUGGAAUUGGCAUGUAAUGAAAGAGUUUCUUUAACUUAUAAACCUUCAUUAUUGGUAUCAGCAUCUCCAAUGAUUAAAGUUAGUGACCAUUGUGAUUAUUAUGAUUUAUUAUUCAAUGAAUCAUUGAUUAAAUCUGCUCAAAGAAAUUACGUGGGUGCAUUGGAACUUUUAGAACGUGCCCUCGAAUUGGCUUAUCAUGAUGAUAUUGAAGAUGAUAUAAAUACUAUUAAAUUCCAAAUGUCUUUUGUUCAUCAAAUGAUGGGUAAUAAAUUAGAAAGUAAAAAAAUCUUAAAAGAACUGGCUAAGAUAUUGACUCCAGGAACACCAUUAUACCUUUUAACAAUUUCAAAUUUAAAUUCAUUCAUUGAUUUCUCCAAAUAUUCCACAAACUUAAAUUUGAUCUUAAAAGAAAUUAAUUCUACAAAAUUGAAUUCUUUAAAUUUACAAAAUUUCACUUUUGAACAAUGGGCAAUUUUACAAUCCAAUACUUUAUUCUUAAAUUUAUUCAAUAAUACAUCAAUUCAAUCUAAGGACUCCUUAUUAUCUCGUACUUUAUCUCAUUAUUCGAAUUUGGUUACCAAUGUUUCCUUAGAUUCAUAUAAGACUCAAGCAAAGAAAUUAUAUCAUUUCACAUUAGAUUCCAUUAAGAGUGGUAUUGUAAACAAUAAGACAAUUAUUGGAUUGAUCCUUUUGUCAGUUCAAUUACAAAUGAUAGAAAACCAAUGGGACCGUGCUAUUAAGAUUUGUGAAUUUUAUUUAAAUACUCUUUGGGAAUUAUCAAAAGAAGCCAAGGAUUCUAUUGAAUCUACUAAUGAACAAUUAAUCAUUUUAAUAUUAUUUCAAUUAUAUCAUGUUUCAUCUAGAACUAAUUCCAAAAAUAUUUUAUUAAAAAAAUUAAACUCUUUAUAUUCAAUUGCUGAUAAUGACAAUAAUGAACAAACUUCUACAUCUACUGAUAUGAAGAUUAACAAAGAUAAUAUCUUAUUUUGGCAACAUAUUGGUUUUGAAUAUUUAGCAAUAGGCGAUAAUCAAAAUUCAAGAAAGAUUUUAAAAUCCGUUCUAAAUUCAAAAGAAAAUAUUAUUACAAACGAACAAAAUCUUGUAGAUCUAAGGUUUUCUGAAACUGUUUUAUCUCAAGAAUCAUCAAAUUUUGAAAAAGGGUUAGAGCUAGUUGAUAAUAUUAAUGCUGAAAAUAUCAUUUCUAGUAGUACCCAAAGAUUAGUACCUGGUAAAAAGAAAGAUGACAGAAUCACAAUGAAUAGAGUAUUAAAACAACGCCAGGAUUUAAAGAAACAGAAAAAGCAAGAGAAGAGAUUAAAGAAAUAUCUAGAAGCACAUAACUUAACUGAAAGUACAAAACCCGAUCCAGAAAGAUGGCUGCCAAUGAAAGAUAGAUCAACCUAUAAACUAAAGAAAAAGCAAAUGGGUAAACAAACUCAAGGUGGUGCUAUGAAUAAGAAGGCAGAACACGCUUUAGAUAUAUCUAAAAGCACAGCAACAAAGAAAGCUCCAACAAACUCAAGUGCAAAGAAAACAAAAAAUAAUAAAAAGAAGGGGAAGAAGGGUCGUAAAUAG